GUUAAAGCAACAGGACAGGAAAAAAAGGAUGAUAUGACUAUGGAUCUGCUUAGUCUUGAACAGGAUGACCCCCAACUGGUGGAGUAUGUAAAAAACAAUCUACUCAUAAAAACUGGAAGUUCUAAUGGAAAAGAUUUAAAUUUGACUAAUUUCCCACCAGUCAUAACUGGCCAAUACAAUCAAGCUGUUGAAGUUGAUAAAUUAUUUAACAGCUCACUGCACCAAGGAUUCUUCAUUGAAGCUGGGGGGUACGAUGGGGAAACAUUCAGUAACACUUUGUUUUUUGAAUUGCAAAGAAAGUGGACUGGACUUUUAGUGGAAGCCAAUUCUGGUUUAUUCCAAACAUUGAAAGGGAAAAACAGAAAUAUUUGGAUUUCCCCAGGGUGCUUGUCGCUCACCAGUAAACCAAUAAAUACAGAAUUUGAAACAAAUGAUUACUUGGGCGGAAUUGUUGGAGAUGAGCAGGAUUUGGCCCUGAAGUCUACUGAACAGAAAACCUGUAUUCCACUAUAUACAUUGCUUCUGGCUCUUGGUAAUCCCACAGUUCAUUACUUCUCAUUAGAUAUAGAGGGAGCUGAACUGAAGGUUUUAAAAACCAUCCCCUGGAAAUUGGUUGAUAUCUGGUUAGUUGGAAUUGAAGCUUGUCAUAUGGGAGACUUUGAUAAAACGGAAUCUAGAAAAGAUAUGAUUGAAUUUAUGGAGAAGCAAGGAUAUAAGCUUAUUGGUACUAUUGGAGUAGAUGAUAUAUUCAUUAAGCCUGACAAGAUAUCUGUAACUGAGGAUACUAUUGUCUACCUGAAGUCACUUAUGAUAAAAGAACAUUUUAAUAUUGAGGACCAAAAUCUUUGAAAUAGGUUUAUCAUUAUAUUUGCAUUUCAUAAACAUUCAAUCUUGAAUUGGUAUCUAUUCAAGUUGGUUGAAAAUGGCAUGUUAAAUUUAUGAGGCCAACAUUGUUGUGUUUAAAAGAUUUAUGAAAAUUUGAUAUUUACACCAAUAUUGAUAGACGUUAGUUACUUUUCCAAAGGAUUUUUCCUGAACGGCAACUUACAAGGAUAUUUUCCAUAGUUGCAACUUUCCUAAUAUGCAAUUUCCUAGGUUGCAUCUUCAUCAAGUCAUUCCUAGCUUAAGCAAUCAACCCCUUAACCUAUUAUAGCAACAACCAUCAACCCCUAUCCCAUCCUAGCCAGAGUGCUUGGCCCCAUUGAAACCUGCGUGCCCUUAGAGGGCCUAACGAUACAGCAUUGAAAUUUUGCAUGCA